GGAAUUUCCAUGCCAAUUCCACUGUAGAAAACCUCGGGGAACUUUCCGAGAAAAUCUCAUCGACUCACAUUGUCGGUGUGAUCCGUAGCGCUGAAGGAAAGGGGAAGAUCUGCACAAACACGAGCCCUCGCGCCAGUAACAAUGGCUUCCACCGCUCCUCCCGUCCUCCCGAUCUCCAACUCGCAAACCGUCCCCUCUGCCGCACCAUCCUCCGUCGAAUCGCAACCUCCGAUCGCUACUCCGGCGUUUCGCGCCUUCAUCAACCACAUCUCCGAGACUGUCCGCAGCGGCCUCUCGCAGCGCCGCCCAUGGGCCGAGCUCGCUGAUCGGUCCGCGUUCUCUAAGCCGGAGUCGAUCUCCGACGCCGCCGUCCGCGUCCGCAAGAACUAUUCGUACUUCAAGGUGAACUACCUCGCCGUCGCGACGGCGAUCGUCGCUUUCUCUCUUGUGACGCAUCCUUUCUCUCUCGUCCUCCUCCUCAGCCUCCUCGCCUCCUGGAUCUUCCUCUACCUCUUUCGCUCAUCCGAUCAGCCUCUGGUCAUCUUCGGCCGCACUUUCUCCGAUCGCGAGACCCUUGGCCUUCUCAUUCUCUUUAGCAUCUUCGUGGUAUUCCUCACCGACGUCGGAUCUGUUCUGGUCUCCGCCGUAAUGGUCGGAGUCGCCCUGAUCUGUGCACACGGCGCCUUCAGGGCUCCAGAAGACCUAUUCCUCGACGAACAAGAGCCUGCAGCCACCGGAUUCCUCUCCUUCCUCGGCGGUGCCGCCUCCAAGGCCGCCGCAUCCGCCGCGCCCGCCGUCAUGGCCGCCCGCGUGUAGAUGCUCCUCUGAAUCGAGUCCGAUCUACAGAUCCGCCAUUCAUACGAUUGGGAUCCGGGUAAUCCUUUUAGGGUUUUGAAGUUUAUUCGUACAUUUUGUUUGUUCAUUCGAUAUUUAGGUUUAAAAACAGAUUCAGAAUCCUUUAUUUUACCUAUUGGGCAUAGAUCUUAGCUUAAAUUUAUAUAGUUCUCUCGUCUAUGAUAUUCGGUCACAAAUUUAUGCGUAUUCUCUCCUACGUUGCUUACAUACAUUACAUCUCCUUUGUCAAAGCUUGUAUAUUGUCAACGAUUUUGAUGAUUUGAAUUCCA